UUAUAUUUUAUUAUGAGGAGUGUGUUCCAAUUUCACUGAACAUUUUUUGAGAUUAUGCAAGUUUUGUUUUGUGUCAAAAUUUUAGUUAAGGUUAUAUAUUUCAAAAUAUAUCAAUCAGAUUGACAAUUCUGAUUAUAUUAAGUUUCAUUCUAAACGACCCUUCUCAGUAACUGGAUAUUUUUCGAAAUGGCAUACUGUUCGAGAUGUCAUAAGUUGAAAAAAGACAUGCCAAGUGAUGAUGGGAACGAGGAAGAUGAAUGGGCUGGUGAAGAACACGAGGAAGAAAAGGAGGAGGAAGAGGAAGAUGAUGAGGAAGAGGGAGAGGUAGAGGUAGAGGAAGAGGAAGAAGUUUACAUGGAAGAAGUAAAAGUGGAAUUUGAACCUCUCGAAGAGCAGGAAGAAGAAGGUGAAGAAGAAUAUUUAUGGGGAUUCUCUGAAACGGAAUCUAGCAAUUAUUUUGUCCAAAAAAAUAAGAAAAAACAGAAUGUGAAAAUUUAUAGGCCAAAAAAGAAUGCGAAGAAAAGGAAAUAUUAUAAGCGCAAUCAUUACAUGAAACCAAUGAAGAAAAGACGAAAGAAAAAGUAAAUUAUGGUUUUCUCAAUUAUAAUUUAUAAACGAUGUCCAUCGAAAAUAGACUUACUUAGUUUCUGGUAAGUAAGAAACAGAGAAAGUUAGACGUCUGCGUUUCUUACUGGGUUAUAAGUAGAAAUCUUCUAUUCCUAACACCAAUUCGAAAAAAAACCGACAUUAUAAACUCCUCAUAUCCAUAAUUUUACAACCGUUUCUACUUUUGUGAUCUCACAACAUAUAAUUGGUUGCUGUGUGUUUAAUUUUUUAGACAUAUAUAUUCUAUUUAAUAGUCACUACUAUGUUAAUUUUUUUUCUUGG